AUGGCUGCUCAACAAGUAAUUUGUAUUGUUUAUUACAAUGGUUCAAUUGUUGAUGGAGUUGAAGGAAAAACAUUUGUAAGUGACUAUAAAAAGGCGUUCAAAGUACAUUCGGGAAGCAACCUUGCUCGUCUAAAGAAUGUCAUUAGAAAAAAAUUACAGCUCGGUGACAACGUCACGAUAAGUGAUAUAGUUUAUCGACACCUCGUGUUCUUUGGUGAAAAUACAACAAGGUUUGAACUCAUGAAGAUUUGCGACGAUGAAGAUGUUGAGUUGAUGUUUGAUGUUUAUGCACAGUGGUCACAACUCGGCACCAUCGAGUUAUAUGUUACCUUUGAGUCUGCUCCUCCAUCAACAAACAUUGAUCAACCAUCAACAUCAAACAUACCUUAUCAACCCGACUUAUAUUCUCCAUCGCAACACUAUGAACCAUCACAACACUAUCCUCCGUCACAACACUAUCCUCCAUCACAACAGUACGAACCAUAUUCUACCCAAUUAGAACAAACUCGUUCAGAAAGUUUUCAACUCCAUCAUCAAUCUCCUCCAACAAGUCCACAAUGCGAUCUUCCCCUUAGUGUCUUACAUAGUAUCAACGACGAAGAUUUCAGUGAUACAAGUGAAGAGGAUGAAACAUACUUCGAUGAAUCAUCUGAUAAUUCUGUCGAUGACAUUGAUGGUGACGAAGAUAUGGAAGCAGAAGAUCAACCUAUUCUACCUGAUUUCGAUCCACCAUCUCACCUGAAGAGCAUCAAUUUAGAUACUCAACAGAAAUCAAGUGAAUUUGAUCACUUGCUCAUUAACGAAGUCCCAACAGUAGAUGGAACUCUUGCGGUUGGAAUGAAGUUUCAGAACAAAGAUGAAUGCAUACAUGCAAUCAAGCGCUACCACAUAAAACAAUCAUUGAAUUUUGUGGUACAAAAGUCAGAUUUAGAAAGGUAUGUCAUUUAUUGUUCAGAUCCAAAUUGUUUGUUUAGAUGUAGAGCUUCAAAACGCAAAAAAAGUGAAUUGUGGGUUAUUGGUAAAUUGAAUGUGCCUCAUACAUGCACAAAUUCUGUAUUGUCACAAGAUCAUACGAAGCUCGAUUCUAAUAUGAUAUGUCAAAGCAUAAUGCAAGUUGUGAAAGUAGAUCCGUCAAUCAAAGUGAAGGUAAUUGUUGCUCAAAUUCGGUCUUUACAUAACUACACAGUUAGUUAUAAAAAGGCCUGGAUAGGAAAGAAUAAAGCGAUCGAACAAAUUUAUGGCAACUGGGAAGAGUCUUACAAUCAACUCCCACAAUGGUUGUUGGUUAUGAAAACGUUUGCUCCAGGAACUAAAAUAGAAAUGGAAACCAUCCCAGCUUAUCAUGAGAAUAGUUUGAUAAAUGGGAUAACGAUUUUUCAUAGACUAUUUUGGGCUUUCGUUCCGUGUAUAUCUGCGUUUAAAUUCUGCAAACCAAUGGUACAAGUUGAUGGGACUUGGCUGUACGGCAAGUACAAAGGAACUCUAUUGGUAGCAGUUGCACAAGAUGGGAACGACAACGUAAUUCCUAUUGCUUAUGCUAUUGUGGAAGGUUACUCUAUCAACGAGCCUACAUAUCGAUACUACCGUAGAGAAAUCGGCAUGCUAAAUCCGGAUGCUUUGAAAUGGUUAGACAACAUACCUCGACAAGAUUGGAUUCAAGCAUUCGAUGGAGGUAGUCGUUGGAGUCAGAUGACAACCAACCUUGUGGAGUCAAUCAACGCAGUAUUAAAAGGCCCGCGCAACCUUCCCAUCACUACUUUGUUGCAAUCGACUUAUUUUAAAACAGGGACACUAUUUCCAACCAUGGGAAAACAACACGCAUCAAUUUUAGCUUCUGGUCAGGUACCAUUUGAAGAAUUAUAA